UAAAAUGCCGUUUCUCGAUAGGCUACAUAUCACGCUUCGGUUGAUUUUAAUUGGCUUCCUAAACGUCAAUCACCAUUAUGCCCCGCCCACGUCAUGCUCGCCUCACCGCGGAACUCAAAACACAGUUCGAGGUUCAAACCUGAGCUGGAGGGACUGGAAGCCGAGAACUUAAAACCUGCGGUCGCCUCCACCUUCCGCUUUGCUCUCGGAUUACAUCGGUGCGUCACGGACAUUUCGUUCGUGAUAUAACCUUUCCAGGAGCGAAGUUACCUAAGAAAUGACUUCGGCAGGUAGAAGAAGUGCGAUGGUGAACCCGGUGACAGUCACUUGGUCCAAAGUAUAAAUGUGCUGAUAAGGAGUUUUUAGAAGUGGACCGUCAGUGACACGAAGACGGAGCCGUUGCGCCACGCUGUCACUCUAAACCUGGCAACCGCGUAAGUUAAUUGCAAGAUGAGUACAGAAGACCAAAUUGUACCGCAGUCUCCCAAGACAUCACCCUCCACACCAACCAUGACACCAUUUACGCAACGAAAAGAGAGUAACUCCUCAUCUGAAGACAACAGACAGGACAGCUGGGAGUUGGUUGAUGACUUGCGCGGACUGACAGGAAAUAUUAAGAAGCCUGAGAAGCAGGAAGGUUUGCUGUUGAAAAAGAGAAAGUGGCCCAUGAAAGGCUGGCAUAAGAGAUAUUUCCUGCUUGAAAGGGGCAUCCUUACAUAUGCCAAGACAGGAACUGAUCUGAAGAAGGGGAGGUUACGAGGUCGUAUAGAUGUUGGUCUCUCUGUCAUGGCCAUGAAGAAGAAGUCAAUGUGUAUCGACCUGGACACAGAGGACAGUAUCUAUCACCUCAAGGCAAAGACUCGGGAUCUGUUUGAACAGUGGGUGACAGAACUACGCCAUCAUCGAAUGUUCCGUCAGAAUGAGAUCGCCAUGGAGCCUCCCGAGCGACAGCUGCAAUCUGAGCCCACCUCCAACAGACGACGUUCAUUUCUCUCCAAGCAGCCUUCAUCCCUUUUGAAGAAUAGCUGGCGCCAAAACUCGCAAGAUAUGGAGAAGUGCUGCAGAGAUCUGUCAGAGUGUGAGUCAGGGCUGCUGGAAUUAAAUCUGCUGCUGAAAAAUAUGGAAGUUCUUCACAGAACAUUCUCAGCACCUGCCAUUAACUUACUGCAGACUGAAGGCUCUAAAAAGGAGAAAAGAGGACACAAAAAAUGGGGAUCAAAGAAUUAUAGCAAGGAACAUAAAAGCACACAACAGCAAAAUCCUGACACUUCAUCUUCCCGUCUGCACGUAUCUCACCCAAACUUGAUGUAUUCAGAGCCAGUUUCACCAGACUCAUGCCUGGAUAGCCCAGACUCACCAACAGAAGCCUCUCGAAUGCAGGAGGAGUUCUGUCGGCUCGCUGGCACUGUUCAUUCCACUCUUCGGUCAGCGUACACUUCCCUUUGCACAGAAAGAGACCGAGUCAGGAACACUUUAGAUUGUAUCACUGAAAAGGAUGUCCUCGAUGGGUCACGCCCCCUCCUGCAGCAGGUGUCCAGUGAGAGUCGAGGGUCAAUCCCAGAAUCCCUGUCAGAGUUCUUUGAUGCUAAAGAGUAUCUGCUGUCUGGCAGCUCAUCUGAAAAUGAGGCGUCUGAUGAUGAUUCGUACGUCAGUGAUGUGAGUGACAGCACGUCAGUAGAGUAUUGCAGGAAUGAGAACGGCAUCACAAAGGAGAUUUUAAGUAAUGGCAAUGACUACGCAGUGAAGAGGCGAAACCGUUUGCCGAGUUCACGCAUGAACGAGAGCGUGAAUCUGUGGAGUAUUCUGCGUAGUAACAUCGGUAAAGACCUGUCGAAAGUUGCCAUGCCUGUUCAACUCAACGAGCCCUUGAACACCCUGCAGAGACUGUGUGAGGAAGUUGAGUACUGCCACCUGCUGGACACUGCUGCAAACACACACAACCCACAUAUGCGCAUGGUGUAUAUAGCAGCUUUUGCUGUAUCUGCAUAUGCGUGUUCGUUCACUAGAGCAGGAGGAAAACCGUUUAAUCCUAUACUGGGAGAGACAUACGAGUGUCUCCGGCCAGAUAAGGGCUUCCGCUUCAUAGCUGAACAGGUCAGUCACCAUCCACCUGUGUCCGCUUGUCACUGCGAGUCCAAAAACUACAAAUUUUGGCAAGAUGUCCGGUGGAAGAAUAAGUUUUGGGGAAAAUCCAUGGAAAUCGUUCCCAUGGGAGUUACUCACUUAGAGCUGCCAGGUUUUGGGGAUCGUUACGAGUGGAGUAAAGUCACUUCAUGCAUUCAUAACAUUCUGAGCGGUCAGCGCUGGAUCGAACACUAUGGGGAAAUGUCUAUCAAACACUCUACCACCAUGGGAGACAUCAGUCAUUGCAAAGUCACUUUCCUCAAGUCAAGAUCUGGAGGGCUGAAUGCUAAUGAUGUAGAGGGUGUGGUCACUGAUUCACAUGGGCGUGUCAUUCACUCUCUGUUUGGAAAAUGGAGUGAGGCCUUGUAUCUGGGCAAACCACCUUCGGUAACCUGCAUCUGGAGAGCAAAUCCCAUGCCUGAGGACCAUGAGCAGUACUAUGGAUUCACACAGUUUGCAACGGAGUUAAAUGAAUUGGAGGAGGGCUUAAAGCCACUCUUGCCUCUGACAGACAGCCGUUUUAGACCAGACCAAAGAUUACUUGAAGAGGGUGAUAUUGCCGGAGCAGAAGAACAGAAAGAAAGAAUUGAAGUCCUCCAAAGAGAGAGGAGGAGAGUCCUGCAAGAAAACAGCAUGGCACACUCGCCCCGAUUUUUCAAGCGUGCUGAAGAUGACUCUUGGGUGAGCAUUGGCACUUACUGGGAUCUCAGGAAAGACCCUGGAUUCAGCAAACUAGAAUUCCCUGUGCUCUGGUGACCACCAGUGGAUUUGUCAUUGACUUUCUGCUUUGGCUGUAUAUAGAUCCCUGUUAUUUGUAUGCAAUCCUGCUGAAUACUGUGGGAUUUAAUUUACCACACAUUUGUUGAUGUUUGUGUAUUGGAAUUUAUCUUUGUUAAACAGACAAUUUUACAACACAAGAUAGAAAGUACCUCUGGAAAGACAUUUAUGCCUUACUCGAACUGUGUAGUUGAUGUUUAGAUGAAAAUGCACUGACCAAUGACAUUUGUACGUGCCUGGAUCUAAUAGUUUAUUAUUAAUUAAUGAAUUAAGUCAAUUAAAAAAAAAAUCCUCAAAUUGAAUCAAUCAAAAAUAAAUUACACAAUAUUAAGAUGAUAUUAAGAUUUUGAAU